AUGGAGCCGAGUGGCACGGGCGAAUCAGGUGCGACUAUGGAACGCAACAAAGUUUCGACCAAAGGAAAGGCCAGUAAGAAGGCGCCACCCAUGUCGAAGUCAGUAGCGACGGCGUCGACAAACGGGAAGGCGAAGUUAAAUCCAACGCCCAAGAUCACCAGGAUAGUGUGGCAGUUACCGAACACUGCUGCAGACGGUGAGCAAUCUCUGCCCGAUGCGUGGAGCGAAGCCCGCCGCGAGUUGUUGCAAUGCAUUCAAUUGGCCUAUCCAAGCGAUUCGGAGGAAGAAACCAAGGAUGACCUCGACGUGGCCAGCUGA